GCCCAUAUCUGCGUGCUGACGCACACUAGCUUCUCCUACGUCCUGCGUCACGUUCCCCGGGCUCUGUUAGAUACGCGGCGAUGGUGGCUCAGAUCGGGUCUGGGACUAAGUGAAGGAGCGGUGGAGCGGACAAUUUAUUUAUUAUUGAUUGCUAACUAGUGCACGGAAAGUCGACGGAACACCCAACUGACCGUUCCCCGGAGCUCCCCAAAGUAAGAUUAGGCUAUGGGAGACAUGAUCUUUGAAAUGAGAUUGCUAGCAUUACGAUUCCAAAAGGCAUGCUGUCCAGUGAAGGAAUAUUAAAGGACAGAGACUGUGAAGAUUGUGACGUAAGAGAGACUUUCAAAACGGACUCAUCAGAACUAGAAGACCAGAUCAGCUGUCAUUUCUGUUUGAUCGAGAGUGAGAUUGAGCUGAGAAGGCAGCUGUUCCCAGGAGGAAUCCAGACACUCUGUGGUGCGGGGCAUGGAUGACGAGGGACAGCAGAGCUUGGAGUGUAUCCAGGCGAACCAGAUCUUCCCCCGGAAACACCCAGUGUUAGAGGAGGAGAGUCUGCAGGUCCCUUUCCCUGAGCUGCAUGGAGAGUUCACAGAGUAUGUGGGGAGGGCAGAGGAUGCCAUCAUUGCAAUGUCUAACUACAGGCUGCACAUCAAGUUCAAGGAGUCUGUGGUCAAUGUCCCGUUGCAGCUGAUAGAGUGUGUGGAGUGUCGAGAUAUGUUCCAGCUUCAUGUGAUCUGCAAAGACUGUAAAGUUAUCAGAUGUCAGUUCUCCACCUUCGAGCAGUGCCAGGAGUGGCUGAAGAGGCUGAACGGUGGGAUCCGUCCUCCCUCGCACCUGGAGGAACUGUUCUCUUUCGCGUUCCAUGCCUGGUGCAUGGAAGUGUAUGCUGGGGAGAAGGAGCAGCAUGGGCAGCUCUGCCGGCCAGGAGAGCACGUGACCUCAAGGUUUAAGAAUGAAGUGGAGCGAAUGGGUUUCGAUUUGCAGAAUGCGUGGAGGAUAACGGAAAUAAACAACAAAUACAGGCUGUGUGCCAGCUAUCCCCAGCUGCUGCUUGUGCCAGCCUGGAUCACAGACAAGGAGCUGGAGAGCGUGGGUGGCUUCAGGUCCUGGAAGAGAUUCCCAGCCGUGGUGUACAGGCACCAAAGCACGGGGGCAGUAAUUGCCCGUUGCGGGCAGCCCGAGGUGAGCUGGUGGGGGUGGCGCAAUGCUGACGAUGAGCACCUGGUCCAAUCCAUCGCCAAGGCCUGUGCCAUCGACUGCAGCUCCAGCAAGCACCUCGCCAACGGGAACUGUCUCCGGGACUACAGCAACGGCACAGACAUCUCAGACGGGGAGUUUGACGCCUCAAUGACACACAGCACCGGAGUGGAGUCACUGGCCAUCCAACCACAGAAGCUCCUCAUCCUCGAUGCCAGGUCGUACGCUGCUGCUGUCGCCAACAGAGCGAAAGGGGGCGGCUGUGAGUGCCCAGAGUACUAUCCCAACUGUGAAGUAGUGUUUAUGGGGAUGGCCAACAUCCAUUCCAUCCGAAAGAGUUUCCAGUCCUUACGAUUGCUCUGUACACAGAUGCCAGAUCCUGCAAACUGGCUGUCUGCUCUGGAGGGCACCAAGUGGCUGCAGCACCUGUCUGUGCUGCUCAAGGCGUCUCUACUGGUGGUGAAUGCAGUGGACCGGGACCUGCGGCCGGUGCUGGUGCACUGCUCUGAUGGCUGGGACCGCACCCCCCAGAUUGUGGCUCUGUCUAAGCUGCUGCUCGACCCCUUUUACAGAACCAUCGAGGGUUUUCAGGUGCUGGUGGAGACGGAGUGGCUGGAUUUCGGGCACAAGUUUGCGGAUCGCUGUGGCCACGGGGAGAACUCCGACGACCUGAAUGAACGCUGCCCCGUGUUCCUGCAGUGGCUGGACUGCGUGCACCAGCUCCACAGGCAGUUCCCCUGCUCCUUUGAGUUCAACGAGGCAUUCCUGGUAAAGCUGGUGCAGCACACCUACUCCUGUCUGUUUGGGACAUUCCUGUGUAACAGUGGCAAGGAGCGGGAGGACAGGCAUACGCAGGAGAGGAGCUGCUCCGUGUGGUCCCUGCUGCGCCCUGCCAACAGGGCCUUCCGAAACAUGCUGUACUCCUCCCACUCAGAAACGGUGCUGCACCCCGUGUGCCAUGUCCGCAACCUGAUGCUGUGGAGUGCGGUCUACCUGCCGAACCCCUCCCCCUCCACCCCCACUGACGAAUCGUGUGCACCGUACCCUGUCCCAGGCUCCACCUCUGAGGAUCAACCCCUGGGAAGGCUUCCAAAAACCAGGUCCUUUGACAAUCUGCCCAGCGCCUGCGAGGCUGGCGGCUCGCUGGCUCCUAACCGGCGCUCCAGUGACCCGAAUCUGAAUGAAAAAUGGCAGGACCACUGCCGCUCAAUGGAACUCAACAUCGCGGUGGGGCCUGAGGGGGGAGGCAGGCAGGAUCAGGGGGAGGGGCCCCCCACAGGGGGUAGGGCCAGCAAUCCCAGGGAAGUAGGGCCCAGGGGAGAGCAAGAAGAAGACGAGGAAGACGAGGAGGGGUCCCUACAGGAUAACACACCAACCGUGUGGCAGAAAGCUAAACCAGGAGCCAGUGGGCCUGCGACGGACAGCACUCUCGAGGCAGAGUUAUUAGUGGAGGUAGGAGUGGCCGAGGGGCAGAUGGAAAACAUCCUUCAUGAGGCGACAAAAGACGAGAGUGGAGCAGAGGAUCCUAAGAAAGAGAUGAAGAGCGACUCUACUGACAAACCACAGCAAGAGGAUUUGCCAGCCCUGCCACUUCCCCCACCCCUGCCGCCUGCACUCCCUGCCCUGGAAAACAAGGAGUCUGCUCGUGACCAUAACUCUGAAUCCCCAGGGACAUAUGUUGCUCAAGAGCCGGCUGGACUCUCAAACUCUAUCAGCAGGGUUCCAAUCCUGCCUGGGUUGAGUGGUCCUGUGUUUAGGACUAUUACCAAUGGCUACAGCCAGGCAGUAUCUCAGGAAUCGAAUGAGUCUGAGAGCCACUACACCACACCCCAGCAUAGCCCCCCUCCCUCUCUUGCUCCUGAGAGGCUGGAGGACAGAGCCUCGCUGAUGGAGAGCUCCACAGAGACUCUGACAGAGGAAGGGGGGAGGCAAGAGGGGGUGCCGACCACCGGCCUUUCCUCCAGGCUGUCUAACGGGGCCGAGAGUCCACUGCCCUGCCCUGAAGGGGAAGGGAGCAGGGAGGCCCAGACGGAACUGGAUACCCCAAGGACUUUAAAUGGUGGCCACAGGUUAUCCCAAAGUGCCUUGCUCCCCAACCCUGCUGGCGAAUUCCGGCAAGAAGAGCCUGUCUGCAAUGGAGAGGUCUCAGAAGGGGAGCCCUGGGCCCCCCAGCUGCCACGGAUCAACGGUCACUACCCCAACGGGGAACGGGUCUCUCUCAGCCGGCAGAUGUCAGCAGCCAGCUGUGGCUCCCAGGCCCUUCAUGCUCGCGGCAGCGGCAGCUCCGUCUGUCAACACCGGUGCCCACAUGGCUUCAUGGGACGACCUCCCCUCAGCCCAGAGCAGCCAGCCCGCAGUCACCUUGACGACGAUGGGCUGGCAGUCUACAAUGACAUCAUCCAGCAGCGGCUGCGGCAAAUCGAGGCAGGACACCAACUGGAGGUGGAGACUCUGAAGAAGCAGGUGCAGGAGCUCUGGAGCCGGCUGGAGAGCCAGCACUUCAACAACUCCCUGAGGAUCAAUGGGGACACAGGAGACGAAGUGACCUCAACACCAGACUCGGAGAACAACCUUGAUCAGAGCUGCUUGUCUCGCUGCAGCACGGAGUUCUUCUCUGAGGCCAGCUGGGAGCAAGUAGAUAAACAGGACACUGAGGUGACUCGGUGGUACCCUGACCACCUGGCUCCCCAGUGCUAUGGGUGUGAGAGCAGGUUCUGGCUGGCCAGCAGGAAACACCACUGCAGGGACAGGGAGCCUGUUGAGAAAGUCUGGAACUGUGGAAACGUGUUUUGCUCCACUUGCUGCGACCAGAAGAUCCCAGUCCCCAGUCAGCAGUUGUUUGAGCCCAGCCGUGUGUGCAUGACUUGCUAUGGCAGCCUGCAACCCCACAGCACCACCCUGGAGCUGGAACUGGAGAAGCCCAUCGCUGCCAGCUCCAACUAGAGACUGCACCCAGCCUUGGGGACCGGAGGCUGGGGUGAAGAAGGGAGCUUUUCCCCAUGCCCCCCACAAACACGCACAUUGCUGCCGGACAGAGUCGCCUUGGAAAGAAAAUAUGAAAAUAAGAUUAUAUAUUUUACAAAAACAAAUGGCCAUGUAUGGGGGAAAAAAAAAAAGACUAAGCACUUUGGAUAUUUGGUGCAAAACGAUGAGUGAUCUGUGCACAAACUGCUGGAGAUAUUAUUGGGGUGGGGAUUAUGUUUUGGGAAAUGCCAAGCUGGUGUAAAGCAGGCUAGAAAGACCCCUUCGGUCACUGCAGAGGCAGGAGGUUGCUUAAUUUAUGCUACUUUUCACACUGAACUUGGAAGCACCCUCUGAUCACAUUAGAAGUAUUUUUAAGAAACCUGUUGAGUGCAGUGCUUUACCCAUUGAGUUGAAAAUGGACUGGAUUUUAUAUGUGUUGUGUGACUAUAUACCCUGAUCUCGCAAAAGCUGUUGGAAUUGUUCAAAUUGAAUACAGUACCUAGUCAUUUGAGGGAAAAUAGUGUUUCAUCUUUUGUGUAAAAACAAAAAAACAUGAGGCUGCAGCAGAAAUGGAAAACACUUGACUGAAGAUUGGCUGCCAUUAGAAUCAUUUGGGGACAUUACAUAUAUAAACUACAGGAGUGAAAAUACACCCCUGUCAGGCCCUUCUGAAGUGGAACUGGCAUACACCCAUUGUCCAGGGCUGCGCAGUUUUGAUCUGGUCACAGUUGCAAGUUUGGUUUUGAAAAAGUGUUACCUGAACCCUGCUUGAACCAGGUUUGAACAUAAUCCGUUUAGGAGCAGUUCUCCCACCUGUAACAAAUACUGAACAUCAUUAAAGCUAUUAAAAGUUAAAAAAAUAAAGUAAUAAUAAAUUAUAAAAUAUCCUACACCUCUAUACAGUAUGUAAAUAUAAAUAUAUUGUACAAGGCAGUAGAUGGAGCUUGAUGUCCGGAUAUACAUUUCCAAAUUGUACAGAUUGACGUACACACACGUGUAUGAUGAAUGUCCCUUUACAAAGCUCUAUGCAUGUUCAAUCUGAAUCUGCACUCUGAAUGGAUAGUGCCCUCACACCUGCAAUGGAGAGCAUGAAUCAGGAGGCAGUGUUCACUAAACCCAGACACAGCGUUAUUCAAAAUAUAACUUGAUACAAGUCAUUUACUUUAAAGAAAUGUACUUUAUUUUACAGUACCCUGUUUGUGGUCAAAGCAGUACCUUCCUCAUUGAAAGUAGAACUGAGCCCAGAGACAGACACCUCCCCAAAAAACUCCAGUCCCAUCUCUACCAGCAGGGAGGUACUGGGGUCAGGGACAAGUAACAGAACAGAAUGGUCUACACAUGUACAUGCAUAUAGCAUUUAACAUAUCCAAACAUAUCCAUAUACAAGCACCUUAAAUGCCAUCCCAAGUUUGUAAGAACCCUUGGCAGUGUGGAGCAGAGUUGGAUUGGCAGCAGACCUACCCAGCUGGGUUUGCAAUAGUAGCAGUAAUACAAUUAAUUAACAGUAAAUACAACUUUAUUAGGAUGAGACAGGAUCUGUUUCAUAAUUGGGGGAAUCGUCGGUGCAGGAGUCAGAUUUGUGUAAUCAUUCCCAUCAUAUGGUUAAAAGAUUACAGCUUCAUAUGUUUUUAAAUAACUUGAAAUCCAGUAAGAUAAUCAGGAAGGGUGAGAGCCAUGGUGAAAGAAAGAUGAAUUAUUUUCAUUAUCACGUAGCAAUUUUCUCUUUUGAGUUUUGUUAUUUGAGCUUUUGGCAAUUUUUUUGACCAUUUUUGGUCAACUAUACCAUCCUCUCCCCGUGAGCUACUGCAACACUAGCAGUAAAUUGAAUACUUCUCGCUCAUUCCUGUUCAGGCUUUGACUCCCUGUGUUGUGGCUUUGACUCCUCGUGGCUGUUUUCUCAAGCUUCUCCUGUUUCAGUGCUGGUUAGAAUGGGCUCUGGGCUGAAUGGGCUCUGGACUGGUGCAGAUGAUGGUGCUUGAUGCAGAUAGAUGGAGAUAGUGUAGCAGGUGUGCAUUAGCAGGACAUGAAAGUAGUGUAAAGUAUGGGUUGUGUUAGUCACAACAGUGGGAUGGAAGUAUUGUUUUGUUUAUGACACCUUUUAACAGUGCAGCCCAGUCUUUUGAAUGCCAGAAGAUGGGUGUGCAAAUGCUUAAUUUUUUUUAUUUAUUUAUUUUUUUAACGCUGUAUUCUGAGAUGUAGUUGCUCCUUUGGUUUUCUGAGUAGAAGUGCCCCUACAGCUACAGUCUACUGCAAGAAGGGUGUUUGUAGAGCAUGGCAAGCAAGCCUUGUAAUUUGAUUUCUAAUGGAUUUUCACUUUUUUUAUUUCUCUCUUAAAUAAUAUUCCUGCAUGCAAGCACUACAUAAGCGCAUUUACCUAUUUUGAUUACACAGAAACACCUGGCGGAGUUCUGUGUUUAAUGAAGAGUAAAUCACAAGCCCCUCUGUUUCACAGUAGAACUGUUAUUAAUAAAGCAGAUGUGGUGCCAGAUUGCCAAAAGGGGAAGAUUUUUCAGAAUUGUUUGAAUUCACAAAGAAACAGCACUGGGACUUGGAUCUGGAAUAAGACAGUGGCAGCUAUAGUGUGGGUGGCGGUUUUUUAGUGCAGCAUUUUCUCAGGGGGUGGAUGUGGUUUUUUGGAGUGUCGGUAAUAAGAGCAGCCGAUCAUUAAAAUGAAGCCCAGUCUCAUUAACGAAUCAUUACCAGUCACUGAAAAGAGAAACAGGAGGGGCACUCAAGUCAAGCUUCUUCAGGGAGAUAGUGACCUCUAUGUUUUGGGGACUACAUCCAGAUUCAUGUACAAUAAUUGAACAAUCGUUAAUUAAAGGGAUUACUACUGGUAACCUAAACUGAUUGAAAUCAGAUGCAUGUUUUAAAAUUGGUUUUGUGGACAGGAGUGCAGGAUCAUUGCACAAAAUCCCUGUAGUGACAGAUAAGAGAGACACAACAAAGUUAACCGUUGUGGUUCUAACUGUGUAAAGAAAUCUCAAAAAAAAAAAAAUAUAUAUAUAUAUAUAUAUAUAUAUAUAUAUAAAAAAAUCUACUUAGAACUAUGUUUCCUUUUUAUCCCACCAAAGAAAUAUCAGUUGCUAUUGUUUGAGACAGGUAUUUGAGAGACUUCACACCACUGUAUCCAGCUGCUCCAGUCCCCUUCCCUCAACUCUCAGUUUUGAGGAACAGGGUUUAAGGAAUCAUGAUGGGAAGGGGGGGGGGCAAAAUAGUGGAGAAAAGAAUGGCAUGAUUUCAGUUCCAUUACAUUAAAUCCAGUGGGCCUGCAUAGUAGUGUUCAAAAUAACUCACAUUUUAGGAUAAACUACUUUGCUUAAAUUAAGUAUCUCUAAAAAAAAAAAAAGUUAUGGUUGCAAGUACAGGUGUGCGUGGCCCAGGGAACCCCUAGUAUUUCGGAAAGAAGUCCUUUUGUCACAAUGGGGUGGUGCUGAAUGGAGGCUGACUUAGGUGUCACAAGUUUGCACCUUUUUUUAUUUCUCUUUAUGGAGUUUUAAUGUACAGAGCGUUUUUGUUUUUCAGCGAGGAAGUCCCAAAGGUUUAAAAAAGGCUAGGGUUUGGGGUCGAAGCUUCUCCUGAGAGAGAGAGAGAGAGAGACAGACAGGUGCCAAUUGGUAAUAAUACGGGUUCCUGGGAAUGUGAUUCUACCUGUGCAUAUUCUUCCACAGCAAACUUGUCAAGGUUUUUUUUAAUUUUUAUUCUUGUUUUUCAUUUAAAGCACUUUUUAAGUUUUCUUUCUCUCUCUUUGUAAAGAGGAAUUUGUAGCUGUACAUAGCUCUUUUCCUGCAACAACAGAAAUGCUCCUUGCUCAGUAUAAAUAUUGUUUUUGUUCAAUUUUCUUUGAAGAGCAUUACGUUGUAGAGAUUCAAACAAUCUAAAUAAAUACAUGUUUAGCAUCUGCGUGUUGCAUUUGCUAAUCUGAA